AUGGGGCUCGUUGCGGAAACCCGACAGGCCAUCCGGGACUCCCCUCGGGGGGUCUUUAACUGGUAUUUGUUGAUGAACAUUGCCAUUUUUGCGCUCUCCGGCAUCAGUAGGGGGUUCGAUGAAGCGAAUAUCGCAUCGUUGGUCGUGCAAUCUCGGUUUCGGAUCAAAUUCGGGCUCGGCCAGCAAUCCCCCGACGAAUAUGCCAAUACCAAAGGUUGGAUUGUGUCCAUGUUCACGGCUGGAAUGACCUUGGGCUGUCUGCUAUGUUUACCUUUCAAUGAUCGAAUUGGGCGGCGGUGGACGAUGCGGCUAUCGACCCUAGUAUAUGUCUCUGGAGUCUUGGGACAGGGCCUCUGUAAUGGAAACCUGUCCGGACUGUACGCAUCGAGACUGAUCGCGGGUCUCGGGGUGGGCGGCUUGACUGUGACCCCACCGAUGUAUAUUUCCGAGGUAGCCCCUAAGACCAUCCGCGGGCUCCUCGCAGUUCAAUUUGCCGCAUGCCAGCAACUAGGGGUCGUUUUUGGGUUCUUUAUCAACUAUGGCAUUACCAAAAACUACGAUGGAACAGAUAUGCAGUGGAUGUUCCCCACCUUGAUCCAACUGCUCCCUGCAGCAGUCUGGGGACUGGGACUCCUGAUCUGUGAAGAAUCUCCCCGGUGGCUGCUGUAUGUGGGCAGGCGAACUCAGGCAGUAGCGGUACUUGCAAAGCUCCGCCACUUGCCCCCGAGCCACCCAACCGUAGUCGCAGAAAUUGCUGUCAUGGAAUUCCAGAUCCUGCAGGAGAGGGAAGCGGCCACGGGCACCUCACAAUGGGACCUAUUCAAGGAGACGUUUGUCCCGGUGGAGAACCGGCGUCGGUUCUGCCUAGUGAUGCUGGCACAUCUGUUUUCGCAAUGGUCCGGAGGCAAUGCCAUCACGCAAUAUUUACCGACAAUCUUGGGAUACCUGGGCACGUCUGGGGAUACCUUGUCCCUAACCACGGGCGUCUAUGCCGUGGUCAAAUUCACCACCUUGCUGAUCUUCUCACUUGUAGUGGUGGAUUUUGUAGGCCGACGGCGGUCUCUUAUGGCGGGAAUCACCCUCCAGAUCCUGACGUUGGUAUAUCUCGCUUGUUAUCUUGGGAUAUCCCGAGAGAUGUCGACGACGACCCUCCUGCACGCGGCCAGCGCGACGCAGGCCUCGAAGGCGGCGAUCGCCGCCAUCUUUGUGCAUGGGGUUGGGUGGGUGAUCGGAUGGUUCUCGAUGCCCUUCCUGAUCGGAUCGGAGAUCUUUCCCAUCCGGAUCCGAUCGCUGGCCUUGUCGAUGGGGAUGGCGGGGCACUGGCUGUUCGCGUUUGGGUGCACGCGCGCGACGCCCCGACUUGCUAGAAGUGAUGGAGGAGUGGGGAGCCUUUGCAUUUUUUGCGUGCAUCUGCCUUGUGUCGCUGGUGUACGUGUUCUUUGCGAUGCCAGUAAGUGAACCAACUCCCCGAUAUGACGAUGGAAGAAGGGAGAGACGUAACGGCGGGGGUCUGACAGCGCACAGGACACAACGGGCCGAUCGCUAG